UUCCAGGCCCCUGGGAGAUGAAGCAUUGACCACAUGACGUUUUUAUUUCAACAAGUGCUUUCUCAGCCUUGCUCUGCGUGAAGGACCAGGAAUAUUUGGAAAUCUUGAUUUCUGCACCUCGCCAUGAGCAGCGCCCUGACCCCAGAGGCCCCGAGCCCUCCCCAGCUGGAGGAGAAGCCAAAAGGGAAAUCCCUGUUCCAGCUGGGCUCCCUCUUUGCUAACAGGAGUGAGAAAUUUGUGAUUGCUCGCAGUGACAGCUUGCCAGAGGAAAAUGUCCUGAAAAUCACAAUCACAGAGACCACGGUCAUCGAGUCUGACCUGGGCAUCUGGAACUCCCACGCCCUCAUCUACCUCACUCUCUGGUUCUUCUUCAGCUUUUGCACUCUGUUCCUCAACAAAUACAUCCUGUCCUUGCUGGAGGGAGAGCCCAGCAUGCUUGGUGCUGUUCAGAUGCUUUCCACCACCUUCAUUGGCUGCAUCAAGAUGUUUGUCCCUUGCUGUCUGUACCAGCACAAGACCAGGAUCUCCUACCCCCCAAAUUUCAUCAUGAUCAUGCUCUUUGUUGGAUUAAUGAGAUUUGCAACAGUGGUGCUGGGGCUGGUGAGCCUGAAGAAUGUGGCAGUUUCAUUUGCAGAGACUGUGAAGAGCUCAGCUCCCAUCUUCACUGUCAUCAUGUCCCGGAUGAUUCUGGGGGAAUACACUGGGCUGCUGGUGAAUCUCUCCCUGGUCCCUGUGAUGGGGGGCCUGGCUCUGUGCACGGCCACUGAAAUCAGCUUCAACAUCCUGGGCUUCUCUGCAGCGCUGUCCACCAACAUCAUGGACUGUUUGCAAAACGUCUUUUCCAAAAAACUGCUCAGUGGAGAUAAAUACAGAUUUUCAGCCCCAGAGCUUCAGUUCUACACAAGUGCUGCUGCUGUGGUUAUGCUCAUUCCAGCUUGGAUAUUUUUCAUGGACGUGCCUGUGAUUGGGAAAAGUGGGAGAAGCUUCAGCUACAACCAGGACAUUGUAAUCCUGCUGCUGAUUGAUGGGGUCCUGUUCCACCUGCAGAGUGUCACAGCCUAUGCCCUGAUGGGCAAAAUCUCCCCUGUCACUUUCAGCGUUGCCAGCACUGUCAAACACGCCCUGUCCAUCUGGCUCAGCAUCAUUGUCUUUGGGAACAAGAUCACCAGCCUGUCGGCCGUGGGCACCGUCCUGGUCACCGUGGGCGUCCUGCUCUACAACAAGGCCAAGCAGCACCAGCAGGAGACCCUGCAGAGCCUGGCCAUGGCCCCACAGCCCCCAGGGCCCACCGAGGACACCGAGCCCCUCGUCCCCAAGGAGCUGGAGCCCUAUGACUGAUGGGUUAAUUAGAAACAGCCAAGCGUGGCUCCAUGGAGAUCCUCCUGGAUGGGCUCGUUCCU